AUGUGCACAACCGUUGCCUCGAUGUCCGGCAGCGAUAGGGGAGACAGGGAUGACGGCAUGCAAGCAUGUGCAUCUCCUGUCAUGCCUUGGACGCCUGACUCCUUGGAAACGACAGACGUCGUGGGAGACAACAGGAUGCAGCAGCUGCUGCAAGAGGUGAAGAAACGAGACAGAAGGAAAGAACGAGCCGAAGCCAUUCUAGGGGUGCAACCACGGAAGCCACCCGACACCAGUAGACAAGCCCAAUGUAACGCUGAAGCCGGGAAGGAUGUUGGCUCCUGCCUGGGAGAGACACAACUGCAGUUUCCUGGACGGGGUGAAAGGACAUGGCUUUGGGAAGGAAGGAGCCAGACGUGCAUGCCGCAUUCAGCACCUGCACCAGCGCCAAGACUACUGCCUCUAUGCUGCCAAGGCCCGGGCGCAAAACGCGGAGGAGGAAGGUGCAGAAGGGAGACGAGAAACAAAAAGAAAGUGCAGAGGAGACCGGCGCGGACGGUCCCUCCGGCAGCUUCCACAACACAAACUGUCAAUAUUUCCUUUCUUGGGGUGGAUUAUGAUACAGUAAGACGUCCGACGUUCAUGGUAGGGAGUACUGUCAGCGAGCGUGGCUUGCAAGGCCCUGUCUCACUGUUCAAAGCCGAAAAACACGUCCAUUUGGGGCUCCGUGCAUGA